AUGGAAAAAACAAACAACGUAACUGAAUUCAUUUUCUGGGGUCUUUCUCAGAGCCCAGAGAUUGAGAAAGUUUGUUUUGUGGUGUUUUCUUUCUUCUACAUAAUAAUUCUUCUAGGAAAUCUCCUCAUCAUGCUGACAGUUCGCCUGAGCAACCUGUUUAAGUCACCCAUGUAUUUCUUUCUCAGCUUCUUGUCUUUUGUGGACAUUUGUUACUCUUCAGUCACAGCUCCCAAGAUGAUUGUUGACCUGUUAGCAAAGGACAAAACCAUCUCCUAUGUGGGGUGCAUGUUGCAACUCUUUGGAGUACAUUUCUUUGGUUGCACUGAGAUCUUCAUCCUCACUGCAAUGGCCUAUGAUCGUUAUGUGGCUAUCUGUAAACCUCUACAUUAUAUGACCAUCAUGGACCGGGAGAGAUGCAAUAAAAUGUUAUUAGGGACAUGGGUAGGUGGGUUCUUACACUCCAUUAUCCAAGUGGCUCUGGUAGUCCAACUACCCUUUUGUGGACCCAAUGAGGUAGAUCACUACUUUUGUGAUGUUCACCCUGUGUUGAAACUUGCCUGCACAGACACGUACAUUGUUGGUGUUGUUGUGACAGCCAACAGUGGUACCAUUGCUCUGGGGAGUUUUGUUAUCUUGCUAAUCUCCUACAGCAUCAUCCUGGUUUCCCUGAGAAAGCAGUCAGCAGAAGGCAGGCGCAAAGCCCUCUCCACCUGUGGCUCCCACAUUGCCGUGGUCAUUAUCUUUUUCGGCCCCUGUACUUUUAUGUACAUGCGCCCUGAUACUACCUUUUCAGAGGAUAAGAUGGUGGCUGUAUUUUACACCAUUAUCACUCCCAUGUUAAAUCCUCUGAUUUAUACGCUGAGAAAUGCAGAAGUAAAGAAUGCAAUGAAGAAACUGUGGGGCAGAAAUGUUUUCUUGGAGGCUAAAGGGAAAUAG